UCACCCCCUUGGUGCCUGCUCCAGCUGACAGUGGAGGAGAGACAGACAGACUGAGAGCAAGCAGCAAGCAGCACUGACACGAACACACACAUACACACACUCACUGGGAUUACACUGCACUGACAAAAAGAAGGGAUUAUUCACCAGAAAAAUGUAAAGGAAAAAGCAGCAAAAUUUCAUCAGGCUCAAAGUAAAUCCAAUCUGAAGACAACUAUUCCACAGGCAUAGACCUCGACUUCCAGGCCAGUGUUAAAAGUCAUCGCCAAGGAUGUUCUUACUGAGUUAUUUGAUGAUGCCUCCAGUUUUCUUUGUAAUGGCCUUGUUGUCCUUGGUACAGGCUGACUCCACAAUUGACGCUCCUCCAAGGUUCAUUAAAGUUCCCAGUGACCAGAUUGGUGUUUCAGGAGGAGUGGCGUCAUUUGUCUGUCAGGCGACUGGAUCCCCCAAGCCUCGAGUUACAUGGAAUAAAAAAGGAAAGCGAGUGAGCUCCCAGCGUUUUGAGGUAAUUGAGUUUGAUGAUGGUGCUGGAGCAGUCUUGAGGAUCCAGCCCUUGAGGACCCCUCGGGAUGAGGCUGUCUAUGAGUGCCAAGCAACCAACACGCUUGACGACGUAACUGUGACUGCUAAGCUCACCGUUCUACGAGAGGACCAGCUGCCAUCCGGCUUCCCCAACAUCGACAUGGGCCCUCAGCUGAAAGUGGUGGAACGCACCCGCACAGCUACCAUGCUGUGCGCAGCCAGUGGGAAUCCAGAUCCUGAGAUCACCUGGUUCAAAGACUUCCUGCCUGUUGACCCAAGCUCCAGUACACGCAUCAAACAGUUGCGGUCAGGUGGUACUCCGAUACGAGGUGCCCUGCAGAUCGAGAACAGCGAAGAAACCGACCAGGGGAAGUACGAGUGUGUGGCAUCGAACAACGCUGGUGUGCGGUAUUCUCCUCCCGCUAAUCUUUAUGUGAGAGUUCGGCGUGUUCCACCUAGGUUCUCCAUCAGCCCUCCGAUCACCCAAGAGAUUGUGCCUGGUGGGAGUGUGAACAUUACCUGUGUUGCUGUGGGCUCCCCCAUGCCCUAUGUGAAGUGGAUGCUGGGAACUGAAGAUUUGACACCAGAGGAUGACAUGCCUGUCGGCCGAAAUGUUCUGGAGCUUAACAGUAUCCGGGAGUCUGCUAACUACACGUGUGUGGCAAUGUCCAGUCUUGGAGUGAUUGAAACUGUCUCACAGAUUAUUGUGAAAGCACUUCCAAAGCCCCCAGGGACUCCAAUAGUUGUGGAGACCACUGCCACCAGUGUGACUUUAACAUGGGAUUCCGGUAACCCUGAUCAUAUCAACUACUACAUCAUUGAGUACAGGCCCAAGAACACGGACGUUCUCUAUCAGACCAUAGACGGCAUUCAAACCCUCCGUUACAGCAUUGGUGGAUUGAGCCCGUAUUCUGAUUACGAGUUCAGGAUCUCAGCUGUUAAUUCCAUUGGGCAGGGUCCUCCCAGUGAGACAGUGGAGACGAGGACUGGCGAGCAGGUUCCCUCCAGCUCCCCGCGGAAUGUGCAGGCCCGGAUGCUGAGUGCGACCACGAUGCUGAUUCAGUGGGAGGAGCCGGAAGAGCCCAAUGGUCAAAUCCGUGGUUACCGGGUCUAUUACACAAUGGAGCCACAGCAGCCUGUCAGCAACUGGCAAAAGCACAACCUAGAUGACAGCCUCCUAACAACCGUUGCCAACUUGAUACCACAGACCACAUACAGCGUCAAAGUCUUGGCUUUCACCUCUGUUGGAGAUGGGCCACUGUCACCUGAGAUUCAGGUCAAAACCCAGCAGGGAGUUCCUGGGCAACCAAUUAACUUCAAAGCUACCCCUAAGUCUGAAACUAGUAUUGAGUUACAAUGGACUGCACCCAGAGAGGAGAAAAUCAUCAGCUAUGAGCUUUACUAUCGUGAUGAAGAGCUGGGAAAGGAGGAAGUGAUAACUUUUCAGCCGAGCGUUACACACAGAGUAACCGGGCUACGUCCGAACACUCUGUACUAUUUCCGUUUGGCUGCACGCUCUGAGCAUGGCCUUGGCGUCUUCACCUCCCAGAUUUCCGCACGGACCCUCCAGGCCAAACCAUCAUCCCCUCCUCAAAACGUAAAGUGCACCAGCCCCAGUUCCACCAGCAUUCUGGUAAGUUGGUGGCCACCGCCGCCAGAGAGUCAGAAUGGCGACCUGGCAAAGUACAGUAUCAGGUACCAAAUGGUGCAGGGAGAGGACAAGCAGCCCCACGAGGUGAACGACAUUCCACCGACAACCACGCAGAUGCGACUGGAAAGCUUGGCGAAAUGGACGGAGUACCGAGUGACAGUGGUCGCACACACGAUGGUUGGACCGGGCCCAGAGAGCGCACCCAUAUUCAUUCGCACGGAUGAAGAUGUGCCCAGUGCUCCGCCUCGUAAAGUGGAGGUUGCAGCAUUAAACUCCACUGCUUUGAAGGUAAUGUGGCGCUCUCCUGUCCCAAACAAACAGCACGGCCAGAUUCGAGGCUAUCAAGUGCACUACGUGGAAGUGGUGGAUGGAGAGGCCAGGGGACAGCCGCUGAUAAAGGACGUCAUGCUUGCCGACGCACAGUGGGAAACUGACGACACUGCAGAAUAUGAGAUGAUCAUCUCUGGGCUGCAGCCAGAAACAAUGUAUUCCAUCACCGUGGCAGCCUACACAACAAAGGGCGAUGGCGUGCGCAGCAAGUCAAAGCUUGUGGUCACCAAAGGUUCAGUUCCUGAUAAGCCCAUUUUGUCAGCCCGCCUGACUCAGGAGAACACAGUCGUGGUACAGUGGCAGCCUCCCUCAGCAACAUUCGGUCAGCUCCUAGGGUAUCAGCUGCAGUUUGGGCGAACAGAUGUCCUGCCUCUAUCGACGUUGGAGUUCUCAGACCGCGAGUACCAGUAUGUGGCCCACAGCAUGCACAAAGGUGCCACGUAUGUAUUCAGGCUGGCAGCCCGGAACAGUGCUGGCAUCGGGGAAGAGGCAGUCACGCAGCUGACUCUACCUGAAGAUGUGCCCCGAGGUUACCCGCAAAUUCUUGACUUGGUGAACGUCACCACCUCCUCAGUUCAGAUUGGCUGGCUGCCCCCUGCCUUAGCAGAAAGGAAUGGCAUCAUCACAACAUACACUGUGUCCUGUAAACAAGCAGGUGCUCAGAACAACCCAACUGAAGUAUCCACCAACUCCUCCCAGACUAGCCUCACAUUGAACAACCUUAAACCGGACACCAGUUAUGACAUUAAGAUCAGGGCACAAACCAGUAAAGGCCCUGGCCCUUACAGUCCCGCUGUUCAGUAUCGGACGAUGCCAUUGGAUCAAGUUUUCCCUAAAAAUUUCCGAGUAAAGCUUGUAAUGAAGACCUCAGUGCUACUUAGUUGGGAGAUCCCAGAACAUUACAACUCUCCAAUUCCAUAUAAGAUCCAAUAUGAAAAUGGUCAGUCUGUUGUUGAGGUGGAUGGGCGAGCAACCAAGAAGCUGAUCACCAACCUGGAACCGGACAAGGAUUACUCCUUUGUGCUGACAAACCGUGGCAACACGGUGGGUGGGCUGCAGCAAACAGUGUCCGCUCGCACUGCCCCUGCCAUCCUCAGUGGCAAACCUUACCUCAUCAAGAAGGUGGAACCUGAUGGGACCCUGAUGGUCAGGAUGCCCGAAGUGGAGCCAGUGACGCCAGUCAUAGCCUAUUAUGUUAUUGUGGUUCCAAUGAAAAAGUUUCGUGGCAAGUUUGUUAAUACCUGGAGCAGCCCUGAUGAAAUGGAUCUAGAAGAGCUACUUCACGAUCUGACCCUGCGCCGGCGCAGAAGCAUCCGUCCCCGACGAGAACUGGGACACUCCAAGCCCUAUGUAGCAGCUCGUUUUGACAUUCUCCCACGCGAGUUCAUUCUUGGAGACCGGCGGUUUUAUGGCGGAUUUGAAAACAAGCCACUUGAGGAGGGUAACAAAUAUGUGUUUUUCGUCCUGGGUGUCCUGGACAUCCCAGAAGCGAAAAUGUUUGCAGCAAGUCCAUACUCUGACCCCAUCCUUUCAGCUGAUCCUGACCCACAGCCCAUUAUCGAUGGAGAGGAGGGUCUCAUCUGGGUGGUCGGGCCAGUGUUGGCAGUGGUCUUCAUCAUCUGCAUUGUAAUAGCUAUCCUCCUGUACAAAAACAAACCAAACAGAAAACGUAAAGAAAGUGAUCCCAGAACAAAGUGCCUUCUCAACAAUGCAGAGGUGCCAUCUCACCAUCCCACAGACCCAGUAGAAAUGAGGCGCAUCAACUUCCAGACUCCAGAAUCUGUUGUCAGCAGCCCCCUCAGUGAACCCGAAUUUGCAAGUAUGAUGAGUCACCCACCAAUCCCCAUUGCGGAGCUGGCUGAACAUACAGAUCACCUGAAAGCCAAUGACAAUCUGAAGUUUUCACAGGAGUAUGAGUCAAUUGACCCUGGCCAACAGUUCACAUGGGAGCACUCAAACAUGGAGGUGAACAAACCCAAAAACCGAUAUGCCAAUGUGAUUGCCUAUGAUCAUUCCAGAGUUAUCUUGGCACCAAUUGAGGGUAUCGCAGGCAGUGACUAUAUCAAUGCAAACUAUAUCGAUGGCUACCGAAAGCAGAAUGCCUAUAUUGCAACGCAAGGACCCCUCCCUGAGACAUUCGGGGAUUUCUGGAGGAUGGUCUGGGAACAGAGGAGUGCAACUAUCGUCAUGAUGACAAAGCUAGAGGAAAAGUCUCGGGUGAAAUGUGACCAGUACUGGCCUGGCCGAGGAACAGACACCUAUGGAAUGAUACAAGUGACACUAUUGGACACCAUCGAGCUGGCCACCUUCUGUGUUCGAAAUUUCUGUCUUCACAAGAAUGGUUCCAGUGAGAAGAGAGAAGUUCGUCAGUUUCAGUUCACAGCAUGGCCAGAUCACGGAGUCCCAGAGUAUCCGACCCCCUUCCUUGCUUUCCUAAGGAGAGUAAAAACCUGCAAUCCUCCUGAUGCUGGACCUGUGGUGGUGCACUGCAGUGCUGGAGUUGGUCGAACCGGCUGUUUCAUUGUCAUUGAUGCGAUGCUCGAGAGAAUAAAACAUGAGAAGACGGUUGACAUCUAUGGCCACGUGACAUUGAUGAGGUCACAACGGAACUACAUGGUGCAGACAGAGGAUCAGUACAUUUUUAUCCAUGAUGCAUUGCUGGAAGCAGUGGCUUGUGGGACCACAGAGGUGAUGGCCAGGAACUUGUUCUCUUACAUUCAGAAACUCACGCAGGUUGAGUCAGGAGAGCAUGUCACAGGAAUGGAACUAGAGUUCAAGCGCCUGGCCAAUUCCAAAGCUCACACAUCCAGAUUCAUAAGUGCCAAUCUUCCGUGUAAUAAGUUCAAGAACCGCCUUGUCAACAUUAUGCCGUAUGAGACGACGAGAGUGUGUUUACUGCCAAUCCGUGGGGUGGAGGGUUCUGAUUAUAUCAACGCUAGCUUUAUCGAUGGGUACAGACAACAAAAAGCCUACAUAGCUACACAGGGUCCUUUAGCCGAGACUACAGAAGAUUUCUGGAGAAUGUUAUGGGAGAACAACUCUACCAUUGUCGUCAUGCUCACUAAACUGCGUGAAGUGGGACGUGAGAAAUGUCACCAGUACUGGCCAGCUGAGCGAUCUGCCAGGUAUCAGUACUUUGUGGUGGACCCAAUGGCAGAGUACAACAUGCCGCAGUACAUCCUACGUGAGUUCAAGGUCACAGAUGCAAGGGAUGGCCACUCACGAACUGUCCGGCAGUUCCAGUUCACAGACUGGCCAGAGCAAGGAGUGCCAAAAUCUGGAGAGGGUUUCAUCGACUUCAUAGGGCAAGUGCAUAAAACCAAGGAACAGUUUGGCCAAGAUGGUCCUAUAUCAGUUCAUUGCAGUGCUGGAGUUGGGAGGACUGGAGUUUUUAUUACACUCAGCAUUGUCUUGGAAAGGAUGAGGUACGAGGGAGUUGUGGAUAUCUUCCAGACUGUCAAGAUGCUCCGAACACAGCGGCCUGCUAUGGUGCAGACAGAGGAUGAGUAUCAGUUCUGCUAUCAAGCAGCGUUGGAGUACCUUGGGAGUUUUGAUCAUUAUGCAACGUAAAAAGCCAUUGAUCACCAAACUCUAACAGGCCACAAUGGACAUGGAGCGCCUCUUCUGAGCCAUAUAGCGUGCUUGAAAAGUACUUUAAUUCUAACCACCGCCAGGGGAAGAUAUUUUGGAUGGACCCUAAGGGAACUCAAUGUUGUAACCCAGAAGAGGAGAAGGACCCUGGUCUGUUGGGGAGGGGGAUCAUUUUAAUUAGGGACACGUCCUACUUACCUCAAGUGUUCAACUGUGGUGAAAUGGAUCUGGAUUUCCUCCUGUGUGGACUAUCUAAUGAAAUAUUAAGGACAGACAAGCAAAAAGUCAUUCAGAAAGUGAAUGAAGGGAAAGCAUGAAAAGAUGGGAUCCUGUCUUUGGUUACAUCAUUAGAGUUCUGCUUGCUUAAAAUCCCUUUUACUAAUCUAAGCUAUGGAACAGCAUUAAAGGUAAUCGCUCACAAACUCACAUUUGCAGAUGUCCCUUCAGAUUAGUUUUGGCUUCUCUGUGGUCAUCAAAGGUAGCAGUUUUAUUUUCUAUCCUGUGGCAGUCCCCACUGUGCCAUACCUCAUCUAUGCAUGUCUGCAUCUGUGCCUUCUCCCUACAUCAGAUUCACUUGUGAAUCUAUUUUAGAUCUCUCCAUGAUUUGUCUCCUAUCUCUAUCAUUAUUUUAAUGCUGCGGUAGUGAAGAAACUGUAUCUAGGUGAGGAACCACCACUGUCAACAGUGGACAGAUAUGGGCUCAUCUUCAGUGGGUGGCUAAGGACCUCUGACCUUUAUCAUAGAAAACAUGAGACCAGAAUAAAACAUCACCUCAACUGGGGGCAGUAGUGAGCCAGCCAAAGGCAUGAGGACAUGUAUCCUCAAAAUGCUGAACUGACCAGUGGAGUCAGGGACCUGAAGUGGAGCUGAGGAACAGGAAAUUCAGUAGUACCACAAGUGUGUUAAAUCUUCUAUUUGAUCAAAGCAGGGGUUCUGGGAAAAGCUUCUCACUUGAUUUUUUAUUAAGAAAGGGAUCAUGCAUGUAGGAGACACCACGGAGAUAAUUGAAAAUGUUACACAGGAAAGUAAAGAAUAAGUUAGAACUACUGCAUUUACACAUUCCAUCAUGAAGCACCGAAGCAUCCCUUGUUCAUAAUUACAAACGUAGUAUUGCAGCAUCUAAAUAAGUAAGUUGAGGGGGGAAUGAGUUAUACGUAAGGAAGCACUCUUACUUAAAUAAUAACAACAUGAUCAUAACAUAACCAUAUAUUCAUAAUCAGAACAAAACUAUGAAUGUGAUGGCGGGACAAAAGACCACGUGUUUUCUGGAACUUGUACAAUCCUGAGGGCUGCUACAGACAACCAAUCCACUUACACCACAGCCUCUAAGUUAGGGACUCAAAGCUUUGGAGCACAAGACGUUCCCUCCUUUUACUAGAGAAGUCACCUGAGAACAGCGAAAUUGUAAAGCCCUUCAGAGAAUUGUGUUAUCUGUUCAUCUCCCUGUCUAAGCAUUAGAAUGCAACAAAUCUAAAUGUAUUGUUUGGGAAGAAAGUGGGAAAGAAAGAAUAGUGCCUUUCUUUGUUGGAUUGAAGAAACUUAAUAUUACUGAAUAAUACAAGUAUUAAAUAACUGCAGUUGUUUUGUGACACAUUUGAAAUGAUCAUCCUGUUUGUUAAAACCCCAAGUCAUUGUCAUGUAUGUUUACAAACAAUCCACACCCUUAAUGUUGUAAUGGGUUUUUGAACAUCGCAAGAUCGAUGAAGACCUUCGGCUAACAUUAUAAUCACUUGCCUCACUACCCUCACCUCUAUCAGUAUCUUUCCAAAGGGCAUGGUUUGAGGGCAAACCCAGUUAUCCCAGACACAUUUUACCACGCUUAGGCAGGUGGCAUCAUUGUUGACAAAGUACAGGUUUGCUGCGAUUUCAUCUUUUUUUAUAAACAUGUUGUUGUAAGCGUUCAGCAGUGGAAAGAAUAUCUCCCUUUCAAAGAGGGGCCAGUUCCGAAUGGCAGACCUUGUUGCGUCAUUUUACAUUUUUAAAAUAGGUAAGUUGGAAUUUGUUGACAGCAACUAAAUUAAAUUAGCCGACUAAAAGAGCAGUUGCAAGUGGCCACGUUAAGUGAAUGGUAUCAUUGUUGUAAUGAAUGACCCUCAGCAGGAAUGAGUGAUUUGCGAACAUCGUGAAUGUUACACUGAGCAAGGAACAAAGAUUAACACGAAUGGGUUCUCUUCAGUGGUUCAUCAUACCACAGUUUCACUUCUCCAAUGUUUAAAAAUAUCCUUCUAUUAGAUUUGAUGCUCAUCUAACAAAAUAUCGUUUGCUGAUUUGACUCAACUUCCCUACACUUUAGACUAUGAUCCUACUUUCUUGAUCAGCAGAGGUGAUUUGUAGUUAGCAGAGAGUAACUUGUGCUUCAAUUGUCUUUGUGUUUUUGAGGGAACAUUACAAUUGACAGCCAGUCUGGGGUUCUCUUUAGUGCAGUAAUUAAUCCUGAGUGGUAUUUGCUUAAAUCCAACUUUGCAUAAAUAUUCAGUGCAAAUCCCAGAUAUAAUUCAGCUUCAAGCUUGGUCCCUACUUUUUAAUAAGGUAAGCUUUAUAAUUAUCCUUUUAUAAAGUUAAUAGUUGGUGUAUGAAUCAUCUAGUGAAAAGCCCUGCGAUGCUUCAGUAAUGUCAUUCACCAUUAAUCUGUCCAAAAUUAAAACCCACCAAUAGACCAAUAACUGAAGGAUCUGGUGAGAUCCACUCUCCACCCUGACUCCACCUUCCAAUCUUCCAAUAAAAUGUCUAAAAAUAGACUGCAUUACAAAAGAUAUUUUUCACUGCUUGGCCUUGGGACUGCAAAAAGCAAGACCAUAAUUAAAGAAUGGAACAACUUCAAAGAAAUGUACGCACAGAAUCCACAAGGGAGAAAAAAAAACUAAACCAUGAUGGCUUCAUGAGCUGAGGAGACCAUCGAGACAAAACAGAAGGGGUUGAAUUUGUGAGCGGUUUUCUUGAAAAUCUUGUGUUUUGUAACAUAUGACAAACAUAAUCUUUUUUUUAAUUGUGUAUUUGUUCUUUUUUAACAAAAAAAUUAUCAGUCAAAUUAAAAGAAACAAAAAAAAGCAUUUAAAAUACAUUUAUUUGUUCAUAUUAUGUUUAAAGACAGUCUAUUUUUUCACUGUAGAAAUGUUUGUGACUGGUUAUAUAUCAUUGGAUUCUGAAUGUUUAAAGAGAUUUCUUUGUACCAUUUUAAGGGUGUGCUUCAUUUAUCAAGAUUGCUUUCCUUCUUUAUUUUGCCCCCAAAAUGGAACUCUGAUAUGUUGGGAUAAACAGAAAUUAGCCUGGGGAUGAGGAUUGCUACCCUGGGAUUAUUCCAACAUGUUCCUUGUCAACGUCUGUGAUGAAUUUACUCAAUAACUUGUGGAAGUUGCCAGACUUAACCAGUAUGACAGCCAAAUUAAUGGGAUGUUGAAAAACAAAGGAACUGUCAUUUGUUUGAGGGCCAAGUGAUUAUUGCUUUUGAACAACUGUUACUUAUAUCUGAAAAUAUAAUUGGUUAUAAAAACCACUGUGUAUGUAGAUAUGUUGACUUUGUAUUAAAGGAAGAUUGUCUGGAGAAAUGCCGUGGGUCACUUUUUCAAGGUGUUCUCUUUCAAUUUAAAUACAUACAGAGAGCAAUGGUCCAAAAGGGUAUGACACCUGCUUAUAACAUUCAUUCAUUCUUGAGCCCACGUGUGCUGAAUCUAUUAAACGUUAAUUUAGUUUGCAUUAAGUAGCAAAAGAUAACAAAAUGAAAAUAUUGGCCUUUUUUUUGCUUGAGCUUCUUAUUGAUGAGUCUUUGUCAAUAAGUUCUAUUAUUUUGCUUUCAUUCUGGAAUUCACUGUAAGGCAAAUGUGGCCAAUAUAAAUCACAAGGUUUCGUAGGAGCCACCAGUUUGAUUUGUCUUUCCCAUAGGGAAAAAAGAACUUGUAUUUAUAUUUCACCUUGCAAGGUAUCCAGACAUUUCAGUGUGUUUUGCAGUUAAUUUAGUAGUUUUAAUGAUGCAGAUUACCAUAUCUACUUUAUUUAAGGUGCUAUCAUUGCACAAGAAAACUAUUUCAAUGCCCGGUAUAACUUGGGUAAGGCUAAGACCCAUUUUGACUCUCAAAUGAAUGUAAUAUUUGCAAUGAGAGUAGUGAAGCAUUGGAGUCGCAAACAGCACAUUGCAACC